AUGCCCAAAAGUGGUGCAACGGCAACGUCACUGUUUCGUUUCGGCCGUGCCAUCGGCGCCAUCAUCGCCAACCAAGCACGUCCUCGGAGGGCCCGAUUUCGCAUCGAGCAAUCCUUGCGACGCCGACAGUCGCCGCCUCUUUUCUCUCUUGAUUUCUUUUUCCCCUCGUCUGCCACCAAGCCUUCGAUGCUGCACGCCGGCGCACUGGACAGCUGCACUCGGCCAGCCAUCGUCACUCGUCUCGCCCACCACCACCCCGUCCAAGCAGGGAGUUUUCGGCUCCCAAGAGGAGAAUCGGUUCGAAUCAUCCUUUCACUGCGUCCGCGAGUGCUGAUGAUGAACGACAUGACCGCCACGCCCUCAUUCUCGAAUUGGAAAUUCUCUGACGGCGAGGCUCGUACGCCAGCAGGGGGCUUUGUCGCCCGCCUUUGUGUCAUGCACGAGCAGGACCGUCUCCCCCCCCCCCCCCCAUCCGGAGGCAUCACCACAUUCGCCGCCGACGACGCCAUCACCAACCAUCCCUCCGAGGGCUCGGACGCCGCCCUCCCUCGCAUGAAGACGGCCCUUGUUGCCGCACCUCGUGCUCGCGCGUCGGUACUCGUCAGUCUCGCCGACGAGUGCCGCCGACGAGAGGGCGUGCAAGUACCGCAGGAUGUUGGGGCAAGCCGCUUAGCGAAGCCAUCGGGUAAUCAGAUGCUUGCAUUGCCUGCUGGCCACUGCACGGCACUCCCCCAGCCGGUACGGAUGGACGGCGCGCCAAGCUGCGCGCGUGCGUGCCAUGUGCGAGGACCCGACCUCGCCGUCCUCGCCGAGAUGCACCAGCUUGACCGAGCUCGCGAGACUCCUGCGGACAACGUCACCCCGUCGUCGCAGGAACGGCAGCCCUUUCCUGACGAAGGCUCUGGCCAGCCACCACCAACCAGCAUCAUCACCGGACGACGGCCAAUUUCCCCUCCACGCGCGUGCACCUUGGUGUCCAAGGCUCACCGGAAAAGGUCAUUCGUGCAGACGAACCAUUAUGGUGGAGUGUAG